UGAGCUGUGCUGAGCUGAGCUUUGUCGUUGUCGAGAAAGAAGAACCAAGUUCUGGCAAUGGCUACCUCCUUCUCUGUUCCUUCGAUGAUAAUGGAAGAAGAAGGAAGAUUCGAAGCGGAAGUUGCAGAGGUGCAGGCAUGGUGGAAUUCUGAGAGGUUCAAGCUAACACGACGGCCGUACACGGCAAAAGACGUGGUGUCACUACGCGGCAGCCUGAGACAAAGCUACGCCUCAAACGAUUUAGCUAAAAAGCUAUGGCGAACGCUCAAAACCCACCAAGCCAACAGCACAGCUUCGAGAACAUUUGGAGCUCUAGACCCUGUUCAAGUGACGAUGAUGGCUAAGCAUUUGGACAGCAUUUAUGUCUCCGGCUGGCAGUGCUCCUCAACCCACACCUCCACCAAUGAACCAGGUCCGGACCUCGCCGAUUACCCAUACGACACUGUUCCGAACAAGGUUGAGCAUUUGUUCUUCGCUCAACAGUACCAUGACCGGAAACAGAGGGAAGCGAGGAUGAGUAUGAGCCGAGAGGAACGAGCCAAAACCCCUUAUGUUGACUAUCUCAAACCGAUUAUCGCCGACGGCGACACCGGCUUCGGCGGCACCACCGCCACGGUGAAGCUCUGUAAACUAUUUGUGGAGCGCGGUGCCGCCGGUGUUCACAUUGAGGAUCAGUCCUCUGUGACGAAAAAAUGCGGUCAUAUGGCUGGGAAAGUGCUGGUGGCGGUUAGUGAGCACAUCAAUCGGCUCGUAGCGGCUCGAUUGCAGUUCGACGUGAUGGGGGUUGAGACAGUUCUCGUGGCUCGAACCGACGCGGUUGCGGCGACUUUGAUUCAAACGAAUGUUGAUAGUAGAGAUCAUCAGUUUAUUUUGGGCGCGACGAACCCUAAUUUGAGAGGAAAGAGCUUGGCUGGGGUUUUGGCGGAAGCCAUGGCGGCAGGGAAAACAGGGGCGGAGCUUCAAGCGCUGGAAGAUCAAUGGAUUUCAAUGGCACAAUUGAAGACAUUUUCAGAAUGUGUAACGGACGCGAUCAUGAAUUCGAACGGAACAGAGAGUGAAAAGAGGAGGAAAUUGGAUGAAUGGAUGAACCAUUCCAGCUACGAGAAAUGCAUAUCGAACGAACAAGGUCGGGAAAUCGCAGAGAAAUUAGGGCUGAAGAAUCUCUUCUGGGACUGGGACUUGCCCAGAACCAGAGAAGGGUUUUACAGGUUCAAAGGUUCAGUAAUGGCGGCAAUCGUUCGCGGUUGGGCUUUCGCGCCACACGCGGACCUAAUCUGGAUGGAAACGUCGAGCCCUGAUUUGGUGGAGUGCACCACUUUCGCAAAAGGGGUGAAAUCGGUGCACCCAGAAAUAAUGUUGGCUUAUAAUCUAUCGCCAUCUUUCAACUGGGACGCAUCGGGAAUGAGCGAUAAGCAAAUGGAGGAGUUCAUCCCUACGAUUGCGAGGCUGGGUUUCUGCUGGCAGUUCAUAACGCUGGCAGGUUUCCACGCCGAUGCGUUGGUGAUCGACACAUUUGCGAGAGACUACGCGCGAAGGGGAAUGUUGGCUUAUGUGGAGAGAAUCCAAAGAGAAGAAAGGAACAACGGAGUGGACACACUGGCUCAUCAGAAAUGGUCCGGAGCUAACUACUACGAUCGGUAUCUGAAGACAGUUCAAGGCGGGAUAUCGUCGACCGCUGCCAUGGGAAAAGGGGUGACGGAGGAGCAGUUCAAGGAGUCGUGGACGAGGGCGGGAGCAGGGAACUUGGGAGAAGAAGGGAGCGUGGUCGUGGCGAAGUCGAGAAUGUAAGAGGAAAGGGAAAAGAAAGGAAGCUCUAAGAACAAUAAUAAUUUCAAUAUUUGAAUUUCAAGAAUCAACCACUUUUAAGUUUGGUUUUUUCAAUGUGUUUGAAUUUCAUGAAUCAGCAUUUUGCAAUGUUCAUUGUAUUGUAUUUUGUGUU